ACCAGUAGUAUUGCCCUUUCGGCUCUCCAGAAAGGGAGGAGCCCCUGGGCUGGGGCACCUGGAAGUGUGACCCCUCUGGGCAGACAGACUUGUGGGUGUCUGGGAAAGGUCAUUCCCCCCGCCGCCAGCAUACCCCAGAGGAGGUUACAAGAGGAUCUGGUGGCAACUUUGUGGAGGAAGGACGUUUUGGUGAGGCCGUCCCCGAUGUCCUGGGCUGGGGUCUGUGCCAGCUGCUGUUGGCGGCUGGCAGAGGUUCUUCUGUCUGCUCCUGCCAGGGAUGAGGAGAGGGCCCCCCUCCUGCCCAAGAUGCCGACCAGUGAGAACCCCUCGGCAGUGCAGGGCAGGCCGGAUGCUCCCUGUGCCAGGGACCCUUACCCAGACCUUAUCCCCAGUGAAGUGGCUGGCAGUGAGGGACCCAGCGCUGCCCCCCUUGGAGGCGCAAUGGCUAGUGGUGGACACCAGCAGGUUUUAGGAGUGGCUUCAGAUCCCCGUCCUGCUGCUGUCCUUCCAGCCGACCUUGAGCCAGGCACCGAGGGGGGAGACUUAGCCUGUCCUCAGGCCAGUGGAGCAGAGCAGGGCCUUGUGAAACCUGAAGCUCACAGUACUGGCUUUCAGGAGGGCAGCUGGGCAGGGGCAGCUGGUGGGCUGGGUCCUGCCAGUGAGGCCCCAUUCACAUCCAGCAGCCAGGAGGCCCAGGGCUGGGGGCCCACCCGUGGACUUGAGGCAAAGAACCAGGUUCUUCCUCGGCAGGGUGGAUGGGGGGCUCCAGAAUCAGACUCGGCGUGCUCUGGGGGUCCCUGUGUCUCCCAAGAAGCGUAUUCCAGGCCCCAGGGCCCAGGCCCCCAUGAACCACUGGAGCAGAAGAGGGAGGAUGUGCCGCCACCGCCACUCCCUGGACAAGGUGGGCUUGGAGGAGCUGGGUACAGGGGCACGAGGGGCCUUUGUCCUUGGGUGGCAAGGGGGGUGCAGCAGCCUUCUGAGCACGGGGAGUCACAUUCUCUGGUGCCAGCCAUGCCAACCUCUGAUGUGUGCUCUGGGUAGGUGAGGAGGGUCAGAUUUCUGUCUUUGGCUGGCCCGGCCCCAGUGAGGGGAACCCCUGCACCUUCAGGGCCUGUAGGUGUGGCCUUCAGAAUGACAGGGAUGCCACCGACCCUCAGAAGCUUGUCCCGUGGACCACCUGAGAGGUCAGUGCCUAGUCUUUGGCCAGGAAUGCCUUCGCAGCCUCCAUGUGCUGGAGCUCUGAUCCCAAGGCUGGGGUACAGUGUUUGGAGUGUUGCAGAGACUGCGUGUGCGUGGUGCAGUGUGUGUUCAAUGUGUAUGUAUGUGUGUGUACACA